CGGAGGGAGCCGGAGCGAGAGAAAAGACUGAGCGAAGAAAAGGGAGGCGGUGACAACGACGUGGGUGAGGCGGACAAACGGGGGCCGGCGCGCCACCAUCAGCGUGCCGAACGCCUGAGCCCCCGCUGUCUCUUCGCGGCCAGGCCUGCAGCCCCACCAGGAGAAUACGCCUGGCUGAGGAUGAAACAGGGUGAAUAUUGACAGUGGGGAGAUCAUAAAGAGAACAGAGGAAGGCAAAAGGUAAAGGGCUGCCCUUAAGUAGACCAUGAGCAGGUAAUGCACCAGAGACGUUAUUGGGAAUCAUGUCAGACGAGUCAAUCUCAGGGAGUGAUCCAGAUGUGGACCCAGACUUGGAGCAGGAGGAUAUGGAAGAGGAGGAGGAGGAAGAUGAGGAUGAAGCAAUGGAGGAAGACAAUGAUGGGGAUGAUGAGGAAGAUCUACUUGAUGAGAAUGACCAGACCCAUGAAGCAGUGUUUAGCACCGAUCAUGUUCAGCAUGGUGAUGAUGGGGAAUGGCAGCGCUCUACUUCAACUACCUCAUCUCAGAGUGAACAGGCAGAGAAACUGUUGCAGAAUCAGCACAAGAGCCUGGCCUCUGAGGACACAAAAAAGAAGAGGGCUCAGAAACCUUCUCACAUGAGAAGAAACAUAAGAAAACUGCUGCGGGAGGACCAAUUAGAAGCCGUGACUAAGGCAGCCCAGCAGGAGGAGUUAGAAAGAAGGAAACGGCUUGAGCAGCAAAGGAAGGAUUACCAUGUCAACAUCCCCACAGUACCUCUGGAGUUUCUCCCAGAGGAGAUUGCUUUAAGAACUGCAGAAGUUGCUCAGCUUCCCCCUCAAGUGUUAACUGAAGAAGUCAUCUGUUUAGACAGCACUAGCAGUGGCAGUGAGGAUGAUUCUAAAGGAAGACUCCACAGCAUUAAAGAUGAAGUAAUAGAAUUAAGUUCAGGAGAAGAUGAAGCCCUCCAGAUUGUAGACAGCAGUGAUUCUGGCAAUGAAGGGGAUGAAGAUGUUACUGAAGAAAGCAGUGGCGCUCAUGUGAAUGAUGCUUUAAAUCAAUUAGAUGCUUCAGGGCAAGUAAUUGUUAACAUCAACCAUCCACCAAAUGAAGAGGACCUAUAUCUGGCUCCUCAACUUGCACGGGCAGUAAAGCCUCACCAGAUUGGUGGUAUCCGGUUCCUGUAUGAUAAUCUGGUGGAAUCCUUGGAAAGAUUUAAAACCAGCAGUGGGUUUGGCUGUAUCUUAGCCCAUAGCAUGGGGCUGGGAAAAACUCUCCAAGUCAUCGCGUUUUUGGAUGUACUUUUCCGGCACAUCGAGGCAAAAACUGUCUUAGCCAUUGUACCUGUGAACACUCUUCAAAACUGGCUAGCAGAAUUCAACAUGUGGCUUCCAGCACCAGAAGCCCUUCCUGCUGAUUAUGACCCAAAAGAGAUUCAGCCUCGUAACUUCAAAGUUCAUAUCCUGAAUGAUGAGCAUAAAACCACAGCAGCACGUGCCAAAGUGGUAAAUGAUUGGGUAACAGAUGGUGGUGUGCUGUUGAUGGGUUAUGAGAUGUACCGUCUCCUUUCACUGAAGAAAUCCUUUGCCACAGGCAGAAAAAAGAAAACGAAGAAACAAACUGGCCCUGUAAUUAUUGAUUUGGAUGAAGAGGAUCGGCAACAGGAGCUCCUAAAAGGAAUUGAAAAAGCUUUAUCCCGCCCUGGUCCAGAUGUGGUCAUCUGUGAUGAGGGACACCGGAUAAAGAAUUGCCAUGCCAGCACCUCUCAGGCCUUAAAGAACAUCCGGUCUCGGCGGCGGGUGGUACUGACUGGCUAUCCUCUGCAAAACAACUUGAUUGAAUACUGGUGUAUGGUAGACUUCGUUCGUCCUGACUUCCUUGGUACCCGGCAGGAAUUCAGUAACAUGUUUGAGCGCCCCAUCCUGAAUGGGCAGUGUAUUGAUAGCACCCCUCAGGAUGUUCGCCUCAUGAGGUAUCGCAGUCAUGUCCUGCAUAGCCUACUGGAGGGCUUUGUACAAAGACGAGGGCACAAUGUGCUGAAAGUUCAGCUUCCCUAUAAGGAAGAACAUGUCAUCUUGGUGCGUUUGUCAAAGAUCCAGCGGGCUCUUUACACUGAGUUCAUGAACCGGUUUCGUGAUGCAGGCAACAGUGGCUGGCUGGGACUGAACCCCCUCAAGGCCUUCUGUGUUUGUUGUAAGAUCUGGAAUCACCCUGAUGUGUUAUAUGAAGCUUUGCAAAAAGAGAAUUUGGCAAAUGAACAAGAUCUAGAUGUGGAUGAUCUUGGCACAGCUGGUACCAAUUCACGCUGCCAGUCGCAGGGGAUGAAAGGGAAAUCUGAGAGCAAUGCUUUGGGACCGCCGAUUGGAGAGGCUACCAACAGCAAAUACAUUCAGGGUAUUGGCUUCAAUCCCUUUCAGGAGAGGGCCAAUCAGGUUGUCACUUAUGAAUGGGCUAAAGACAUCCUUUGUGACUACCAGACUGGAGUCCUGCAGAACUCACCCAAGAUGGUGUUGCUGUUCCAUCUUGUGGAGGAAAGUGUGAAACUUGGAGACAAAAUAUUGGUCUUCAGCCAGAGCCUCUCCACAUUAUCUGUCAUUGAGGAUUUCUUAGCAAAGAGGCCAGUGCCUUCUCACCUAGGCUUGGAUGCACAAGGAGUCCAAAACUGGGUCCGAAAUGUGAAUUAUUACAGACUGGAUGGCAGCACUUCAGCCUCUGAAAGAGAGAGAUUGAUCAACCAGUUCAAUGACCCCGGCAACACUUCUGUAUGGCUCUUCCUUCUUUCCACAAGAGCUGGAUGUCUGGGUGUGAAUUUGAUUGGCGCAAACAGAGUAGUAGUAUUUGAUGCUUCUUGGAACCCAUGCCAUGAUGCUCAGGCAGUGUGUCGGGUUUAUCGCUAUGGGCAAAUGAAGCCCUGCCACAUCUAUCGACUGGUUUCUGAUUAUACUCUGGAGAAGAAAAUAUAUGAUCGCCAGAUCUCUAAGCAGGGAAUGUCAGAUCGUGUUGUAGAUGAUUUGAAUCCGGUGUUGAACUUCACCCGGAGGGAGGUGGAGAACUUGCUGCACUUUGUGGAAGAGGAGACAGAUCCUGCUCACCUUUCAUUCAAUUCCAGCAAGAUUAAAGAAUCCGUUCUACAACUGGCCUGUUUCAAGUACCCUCAUCUCAUCACUAAGGAGCCUUUUCAGCAUGAGUCAUUGCUAAUUGAUCGGAAGGAACACAAGCUCACCAAGGCAGAGAAGAAAGCAGCCAAGAAGAGCUAUGAGGAAGAGAAACGUGCAUCCGUCCCUUAUACCCGUCCAUCAUAUGCUCAGUAUUACCCAGCUAGUGACCAGAGCCUAACAAGCAUACCUGCCUUCAGUCAGAGGAAUUGGCGACCAAGCCUCAAAGGUGAGGAGAGGCCAGUGGCUAGUGUACGUCCUGUUCAAUCCACCCCCAUUCCUAUGAUGCCUCGCCAUGUCCACUUGGGCAGUAUGGGUUCAGCUUCUGUUUCCAAUCCUGGUAUCAAUUUCCCCAUCAACUACCUGCAGCGAGCUGGUGUCCUUGUGCAGAAGAUUGUCACCACAACAGAUAUUGUGAUUCCAGGAACAAAUACUUCCACUGAUGUGCAAGCAAGAAUUAGUGCUGGAGAAAGUAUUCACAUUAUCCGAGGGACUAAAGGGACAUAUAUCCGGACCAGUGAUGGGCGAAUCUUUGCUAUUCGAACUACUGGCAAACCAAAGGGUAGUGAGGAUCAUCGCAUGGUUGCCUCAGGAUCCCAGGGCCCAUCUCUUGAAUCCACAAGCAAUGGGAGGCACAGCACCUCCUCACCCAAGCUUCCCAAUUCAGAGGAGCUCACUCGGCCUAUCUCCCCAGACAGUCCUGAGAUCAUCAGUGAACUGCAACAAUAUGCAGAGGCUGCUGCUGCUCGAGAGUCCAGACAUAACUCUCCCAGCACCAACACUGCACCUGGACACCCUACCCGGAAAGACAGUAUACCCUCCUUAGUGGCUCGUGGAACUGACCAACGGGCAGGGGCCCAUUGUUUGGCUUCAUCAUCUUCUUCAGCUCUGCCAGCCACCAGCCAGCACACUGACAGCCAUUCAGUGCUGGACUUACGAGGCAACAAGCGCAAGUCAACUUCACCAUCCAGCACAGAGGAGCAAGCCCACCGGCAGCAGAAGAAGCGACCGCUCCCUACAUCAGUUCAGCCAUAUGAAAGUGGGUACCCUGUCUCUGGUGGGUUCACCAUGCCCUCUGUCCCUUUAAACCACAACCUAACCCAUCCAUUUGCUCCCCAAGCAGGCAACUCCUUGUACAUGGGCACUGGCUCAUCCUAUUACCAGCUGCCUAGCUUGCUACCAGACCCUCACUUGGUGUUCCCUGUGACUACUGACCCUCUGCUGACAGCCGGCACCGCCAGUUCCUCUGCUGCUACCUCAGCCACCGCCAGCAUCCCCUCUUUCAUGUUAAACCCCUCCAUGACGGGGAUGCUUUCCAACUACUCGCUGCCCUUCACGCAGUCACUCCUGCCUGAGCCCAGGAUGUUUGCUCCUUUUCCAUCCCCUGUCUUGCCCAGCAGCCUUCCCAGGAGCAUGGCAUCUGCCUACCCUGGCUUCAUGUCCCCUCAUUCGGGAUAUCCAGCUGGGGGCCUCCUUCGGUCCCAGGUGCCUCCAUUUGACACCCAUGAUGUCUCUGAAGUGGGCUGCAGCUCCAACGAUGAUGAGGACAAAGAUGAUGAUGUAAUAGAGAUCACAGGAAAAUAACGAACCUAGUCUCUGUUAUAUCUUGGUUCAACCAGGAGGCAAAAAUUCCUCACUGGACCUUUCUGGGGGGUCAGGAUUUUGCAUCCAGGACACAGCAGAGGUGGAGGAGAUUGGGAAGGAGGUGGCAUUUUUAGUUGUCAAAGAUCUGCUUUAGUAUGGGUACCUGAGCUGAAUGGACCCACCCUCCAGGAGUGGAGAAAAGAGGAUUGGGGUAGGAAAGCAUCAUUGCAAACCAUAGGAGUGCCUCCUUGACUUUCCUUUCCAUGCUGUCUGGCUCUGUUGUCUGAAAGGGAGACCUGCCAUUAUGUUUCAGUGCCCUUUAUUAAGCCUGGAGACACUGGGUUAAUAAUUUCUGUCUGUGGAAUAACUCUCACACACAAACUGCCUUAUCUGUGAAAGUUCAUUACCCCGUGGUAAUAAGGGGUGAGUUUGUGCCCUAGGAGACAUGAUGAUGAAUAGCAUUAUUAUUGUAGGGAGGGAGGUGGGGUUGGAAGGAGCAGGUAAUGUGUAAAUGGGAGGGUGUGGGUGGGGCAGGGUAUAUGUGAAAAUCAAUUUGUCUUUCAUCCUUCUGAAAAUUCAAGGCAGCCUGGGGGCCUCCGCCAGGCCCUCAUUCAGAGAUGACAGGAGUUGGGGAGAAACAGUGCUGAAGUGCAGCUCUCCUGCCGCCACCACCACCCCCAAGAGAACCAUUGGAAGGCAAGGACCUUAGUAGGUUUGGCAUCUUAAGCAAGGUUGGGUUAGGACUUCUACCAGACUUUUAGUGGAGUAGUAGUUCUUGGUGGGGAGGUUGUGAGACUUCCCCAGUUUCCUCCCCAGCUUUUUGUAGUGAUUACUCUCCUCUACCACCUUGCCUAUCGCUAAGAGGUGUGCCCUCAGGUUUGAUUGAUGAAAGCUUAGCUAUCCAGCUCCUGCUGACUGCAGUGAGCUGAAACUCCUACAAAAGGGGAUGUGCUUGGGAGCCUUCUUGCCUACAUUUUCAUGACACUGUGAUUGGACUGACCUCCUCCUUCCACAGAACUGCUUUUUUAAUUUAUUUCCAGAAAGCCAAGUAUUUAUGUUGAGGUUCUUCUUUUUCCUUUUCUGUUUCUUAAUUUAUCUUCUUUACUGAAAUCUAUGGCCUCUACCAAAACACUGGUUAUUUGCAGAAUGGUCUGUAUGUGAAAGAAAUGGGAAGACUCAUGGAUUGCUUGGCCAAAGCAGAGAUGAUGUGCAGGACCAACAGACAGCAUCCCCCUCCAAGACAGUUUCCAUAUUUCUUCAGUGGAGAAGGCAUACAGUAUUGUGUGUCCUUUGCGGGGGGACAUUCUGAUGGGUAUUUCAGAGGGUUAGUUUUCAGUGUUAGAUGGAGAUGUGCUUAGUUUCUGUUGCUUUAGUAUCUGAGUCAGAUACUAAGCAACAGUAAGGGUAAUGUUAAAUUGCUCCCCGCAAAAAACCGUUUAAAAGGCUGGUUAGAUCCACCAUUCCUGUGGAUCCAUGACAAGGGAGGCAGUAAGCCUUUGGGGAGGAUUCCCUUUUAGUGACUGUUUAUUGUUGCUAGAUUCUGGUCUGAGCUUCCUCCAUUAUGCAUUAUCACAAAAGUCUGCCUAGAGAAUCCACUUGCUAUCAUAGAUGAUUUGAUGAAGAAAUUAAGUUGUGCUAGUUCAACCCUCCACUAGCUCUGUUGUCCGCUAGGGAAAUACAUGCAGAAAGAAAGGUUGUGCUUGGUAAUUCACUUCCUGGAUAGUAGGAAAUGUAUAGCAAGUGUUGCCACCUUAGGGUUUUCUUCACAACAGUGAAAUGUUACCAUUAACAAGAGGCUAGUGCUAAGCAAGCCUUUCCAAGAAAGCAGUACUGGUCCUGUUCUAACAUUACUUUUGCUACACAGUUGCCAAUAAGUAGCGCCACUGACAUGGUUAAAGUUGCCCCACCCAAUCUGAAAGCUACUUCUCUCUUAGACACAACUCCCCAGUGGUUUAGAUCCCGUAUAAUUUUGCAUGAGGGUAGCUACCUCAAACAUCAUGAGAGAACUGGGCCUUCAUCCAAGCUGUUGAAGAUCUACACUGUCACUUAGGUUGAGAGGUGUUCAACAUGUGAUGUAUCAGAGAUGGUUCUGAAAGAAAGUGCGCUCUCUCUCUCUCUCUCUCUCUCUCUCUCUCUCUCUCUCUCUCUCUCUCUCUCUCUCUCUCUCUCUGUCAGGGUGGGGAACAAGUGUUAAUUGCUUAUAUAAACCAUUAAAAAACACCUAAUAUUGGGGCUUUCUGACUGUCUUUCUCUGUUUCAACACUGUCUGUCAGACCUAGCUUCUCCAUUCAUAGAAGCCUUAGAUUUACAGUUAGCUAUGCAAAUUACUUUAUUUUAAAAUAAAAACAUUAAAAUAGUGCUUUCUUCUUUAACAUAUCCUAGGAGUUGAAAACCGAGGGGUUCUGAGCAAACUUCUGGACAACUUGUCUUUGGAUGCACCAUGGGAAUAAAAAAAAAACCAACCCCCCCACAAAAAUAGCAAAGCAUAUUAACUGAUGGUGUCCAUUCGCGUUUCUCCAAAGACUUGACCAUGGUACGUCUGUGAGUCAUGCCCUUUUGUGAUUUGUAUGUGUCCACCUCAUACAAAAUACGAUGACACUGAUUGUAUUGCAAACUCACUCAGAUGUCUUUUGCAACCAUGUAAAUGGACCUGGGAACUGGAUAGAAGCAAGGGCUCAGACCGGCUAAAGCCUAAGCAGCUUUUUGGAGAAAUAGGAUAUUUAGAUUUCAGGCAGACUCAGCCUUUGGUGUGUGUUGUUUUUGGCAGCAUAGCUGAUAACCUGAGACUUCCUACUGGCUUCUGUAUUAACUUCAGUCCACAAAACAAGCUAACGUAUUCUGGAUGCCACUUCAAGCCGUAUGACUUCCUGAUUCUCUUGUUUCCUUACAAAGUGUACAAGGUUUCAGGGAAGUGAACUAGGCUAGCAGGCUUGUUGCACAUUAUGGGGAUUAGAGUCAGCUGGGACUAAGUAAACCAGGCUCUGUAACCAUCUUUUAAAUAGAAAUGGAAAGUAUAAGAUAGCUAUUAGCAGUAGAAGGUGUGCAUCUGUAACUUACUACUCUAGCCACUGGAUGGCAAGGUUGCAUCACAUGGAAUACUUAGGCUUUAAAAUGCCUUAUUUUGAAAAGUCGGCUUUUGUAUUUGGUUAAGAAAACUAAGAAAAUGUUAAGUCUAUCUUUGUGCAUCUCCCCUCCCCCACUUUUCCCUCAACUAAUCUUGUUUGUGGAAUACUGAUAGCAUAUUUGCACCACUGACAAAAUCCACUUCCCUGUCCUCUUUCAAGUACAUUCAGUCAAACCAGCCAAUUUUUAUAAACUUUGGAGAGAAGCACAUCUGUUGGGACAGAUGCUUCUACUUCAGCAAGUGCCUGAGCUUGGGUCUCUGUUCCCACCCUUAGGAAUUUAAACUCAUCUGUCUCUGAGAAAUUAAAUUAUUUUCCAGUUCUUGUCAAGAGAGGAUUUCCUUACCUGGUGGGACAGAAGGUGACAUGCUUCUGCUUGCACCCUUGUUGUCUUAGAAGGCAUUCCACAUGCUCCUUCUCAAGACACUUCCACUCUCCCAAAUGUUCACUCUCAUCCAAGCUGCUGUGGUUUCUAGCAGCAAAAGGGUGGCUGUUGUGCCUUGUUUUUGAAGGACUGAAAAUCCUUGACAAGGAGGUUUGAAUCAGAAUUACGUAGCAACUUGCAUAUUUUAAAAGGUCAGUGUAGUGGCAAUUCAGAAGCCGCACUUAGGGUUCUUGUUGCAGGAUAUUUCUGAACCUACCUGCAGCCACUGGGUGUCCUCCUUAUCUCCUUAAUUUCCAGUACCAUUUCUUUCUUUGGCUGAUUUAGUUGUAUCCUGAGGGCUCUGUUGGCCGUGUCUGUCUGACUUGCACUGCUAAAUUUCAGGCUAUAGGAGAACUGGUUUUUAGUUUUUUACUGGUACUAAUACAGAGCCAAGACAAGGCCUUAGGAUGCUGAGAGGAGGGUUCCCUCUCUUACACACCCCACAGCUUGAGUCAUAUUCAGGCUAUCCUCUUCAGACUACUUUCAUUGCAAGAUAUUAGUAUUUGAACAGCUGAUCUAGAGCAACAGUAUGGUACAGAAUGAAACCACCACCCUAAAUAAUGGGGAAAGGGUGACCUUAGACUGUGACGUUUCCGAGCCCUUCAUACAAUACUCCUCAGUUCUGCUCCAGAAUUGGGCAACAUGCAGUUUGAGGCUGACUAAUAUUUUUAUGUGGAUAUACAUUACCUGUGAUAGAGUACCUUUCUUUCCUUUUGAUAGGCACAGAACUUGGUGACUUCUCCCUAACUAUUAAGAAUUAUACAUAUGUAUAUGCAUGCUAGUGUCUGGACUCUGUCCCUUUGUCAUAAUAUGACCAAGUGAUGGCACCCAGAACAGGCAGGCUCAAUUCAUGGCUCCUCUUGAGUUCUAUGGAACAAAGUAAAUAGGCUGCUACUUGGAUAAGGGGUGGGAGAACCAGCCUGCUGCCUCAGGCAGUGCUGUCUGUAGUUACUGCAAUAUAUAUGCCUUUUCUGCUCCCUUAUAAUGAUGGGCAUUUUGCUAGUUUCUAAGGAAGCUGACUCGUACUGACAAUGAAUUAUGGAAUUGAAUUGCAACAGUGCAAAUGUUCAUGGGAAGAUCUUGUAGCAGCUCAAUAAAACCUUACAUGUAUUUGCACUGAAAUCUGAGUUGAUCUGUCUAGGCACUGUUGAUAUAAUUACUAAAUUGAAAAAAACUUGAUCUGCAUACCUGCUGAACAACAGACAUAUCCAUCAACAGAUGCACAAAUUCUCUGUUUUUUUCUUUUAAUUUUAAACCAUGUCAAUCCAAAUUUAUUGGUUUACCCAAUAGGACAUUUAGUCCUGAGAAGCUCUAUUUCUUUAAUUCAAACAGAAAAAAAGAGUCUCUUGUAAAGGGUGAUGACAUUGAAAGUUCAAGCAGGGAUCAUUAAGGAGUGGAAGCGGAGCAAAAAGAUAAAGGGGGGAUAUUUUUUUGUACUCUGUAAUAAGACCACUAACCACUGCCCACCGCUGCAUUGCUUUUUUGGUCCUAGAUUGUUUGCUUCCCAGCUUGUGUUCUGUCCCUGUCCUGCCAUGGAAUCCAUUUGUAUGGGGGAGCUGAGUGAAUCCAGUGGUUUUCUUGAUUUGUUUUUGUUCCACCUUUAGUUUGUGGCCUGUCUUUUUGUGAUUGGAAAAAGGCAUUUCCAUAGCAGGGUCAGUUGGUUGGUUGGUUGGUUGCACGCAUGGGUCAUGUGCUUCCCUCAUCUCUCUGUCUAAUGGGACACGCUCACCCAAUCUCCCAGAACAGAGACAUUGAACAAUUUUGUUGUUUAUAUGAUGUAUUUAUUUUUACUUGUGUUUCAUGUCAUUUUUUAAAAAAAAUAAUAAAUUGUAAGUUGGUAUAAUGCCUAUAAAUUCUCUCUCCUUUUUUUAAAAAACAAUAAACUUCAAACAUUACAACUA